AUUUUGAGUUUACAGAUUCAGAAAUUGAGGAAUAUGGAAUUUAGUUGUAGUUCCUAUAUGAGUGGUGGUGACGAGUACAGCAGUUCAAACCCAGGCAAGAAGAUGAAUAUAAACAUUCGCAAAUACAAAUACGCGAAAUGGAACAAUUGCAACUACAGAGAUGUGACUAUAUAUAUUAACCUCAUUCAUAAAGAUGCGAAAUUCCGCUUCAGCACUCGAAUAAGCACUGGAGGUUGGAACAAAAACUAUUACAGUUUUACAGAUAUGUCGCGCAAUGUGAAUCUAAAUGUUUGGAAAUACAGGAAGCUUAAUAUAUACGUGCGCGAUCAGUCAAAUGUAACUAGAAACGUUUACAAAUCCAAUAAUUGGAAUGCGAAGACACACAAUUAUUCAGAUUAUGUUAUGACUUAUGACAUAAUAAAUAAUAAGACUGUGUAUUUGAAUAUUCACGAAUAUCUAAAUUGAGACAGGGGUUUUUGCUGCAUUAUGUUAUACGUACUACAAAUUAUAUAAAUUGUCUUUCAAACUUGUAGUUGUAACUUAUUAGCCUUUAAGAUUCAUCGAGCGUUGUAAUGUAUCACGAAGCGUCAUAAAUACUUAUUCAUUAAUUAUAGUUAUUAAUAUAUUAUGUACGAGUACAUGUCAGUCAUAUAAAUCA